AUGGCUGAUGGAUUUAUUAUCCUGGAGUGUUCUAGUCAUUGUCCACCACCGCUUGUAAUUGGUGAAAAUGCCAACUAUUCACGAGUCGCGCAAUUCGAGUAUGUAAUGUUCGGACGAGUUUACCGAAUUGAAGGAGACGAUAGCGGAUCUGAUGGUAGCAGAAUUGCGGCCUAUGCGUCUUUUGGUGGCCUCCUUAUGAGGUUGAAGGGAGAGGCGUUCAACCUUCACGGGUUUGAACUGGACUCCAACAUCUACCUUUUGAUUAAGAAGGUCGAAUUCUGA